AUGGCGCUGCUGCUGGAGUCCGAGUUCCGCGCGCUGCCGGCCGACAAGCAGGUGGAGACGCAGCCCUUCCUCGAGGCCGUCGCCCACCUGCCGCCCUUCUUCGAUUGCUUGGGGACCCCGAUCGUGUAUGCUCCUGUCAAAGCCGAUCUCACCGGGAACAUUAAGAAAAUCCGAGCUGUUUAUGAGUCCAACCCAACCAAGUUCAAAACGCUGCAGAACAUCUUGGAGGUGGAGAAGGAGAUGUACGGCUCAGCCUGGCCAAAGGUCGGGGCCACUUUGGCACUCAUGUGGCUGAAAAGGGGCCUGAAGUUCAUCCAGGUGUUAAUGCAGAGCCUCUGUGACGGCGAGAGGGACGAAGACCACCCGAAUCUCAUCCGGGUUAACGCCACCAAAGCCUACGAACUGGCCCUGCAGAAGUACCAUGGCUGGAUCCUCCAGAAGCUCUUCUUGGGCUCUGUGUAUGCUCUCCCCUACAAAUCGGAUUUGCUGAAAGCCUUAGAGCAGGGCAAAGAAGUGAAAGAGGAGGAGACCUUGGAGAAGAUCCACCAUUUUCUAACAAAAGUGACACCCGUCCUAGAUGCAAUUUAUGAGAUGUACACAAAGAUGAAUGCUGAACUGAACUAUAAGGCCUAA